AUGCCCAACCUCGCCGGUGUGCGUGUUACGCCGGUACUGCCGCACGGAGCUUACGAGAGCAAAGUUCCUCACCGCACCGGUGCCUCCUACAUUGAUGUCAUCAGCUCCACUGAACGGGAGGUAAUGGAGCAGUGUCUGCAAGAGCAACUGGCAGUUGUGGCCAACCUCGUUGUGGACCAGGUGGAACAGCGCACCGGGCAGCAACUGGAUGCGCUGCACGUCACGUACGCGGACAAGAUAAAGAACUUCUCGGAGAUCGUGCUCAAUAGCAUCCACGAUGAGCUGCGGCAACUCCGCAUCGUGCGUGAGCGACAGGGUGCCGCGGAGCGAGACAACCCCAGCGUCGCCCCUUCUCACUCCCCAAUGCCCAUCGAUGCGGAGGCGGUGGCGCGGCUGGUCAGCGCGCGCGUUGCCGAGCAGCUCACGGGUGCCACUCUGCCCUCCAGCACCACCCACACACCGAUACCAAACAGCGACAUGGCCUAUCAACUCUCUCGUUUGGAGGAGAGCACAGCGGCACACUUUGAGGACUUGCAGAGGCGCAUCACGGCCGUGGUAGCGGGUCGGGACGCACCAGCGGUGACCUCGGCGUCGGAGGAGCUCCGCGCUGCCGUCGUGGAGGCGACUCAGAUGGCGGCCGCCGAGCAGCAGGAGAAGCUCUCAAAUUUGAUCAAGGACCUCCUGGCUGAGGAGCGACUGACGGCGCGUGAAAGCGGCGGUGACGCGGCUGCCAGCACAACAGUCGACAUGAGGGCGAUCGAAGAAAGUAUCGAAAGUGCGGUGCAGUCGGCCACCAAUGAACUGCGCCGCACCAUCACCGGCGAAGUGAAGAAGCUAGCAAAGUCGAAGGACACCAGCGGCGAGAUCACGGCCGGCGCCGCCACCGACGCGGACAUGGCGAUUGAGAUAGAAAAGGUUUUCGACGCUGUACAGUCGACGCAAAGCCGUCUUACGGCAGUGGACGAGGUCGUCGGAGACGUCUUCAAAGAGCAAGCCGCCACCCGGGACGCACUGCGGGCCAUGCAGGAGAUUCUACAGCGUCAGCUCGAUGAGCUGCGUAGCACCGUAACCACCGCGGCCGCCGCUUCUACUCCAUCGCCUGCUGCAGCUCCUGUUAGUGGCAUGCCGGAGGGGGCUCAGCAGAAGAUCGCGGAGGCGUUGGAGCAGCUGCGCCGAGAUGUGUCGGCGACAAGCUCCAUGCUGGCUAUUCAUAAAGACGACGCGCAGCAACAACUCAUGACAGUGGCGCAGGUGGUGAGCGACAGCGUCACAGCCGCCAUCCAGCAGCAUACGGAGGAGGCUCUGCAGUCUGCCAUGUCUACCGUCCAGGAUCAGCUUAACGCGCUUCGAGAAGCCGGGGAGGCCGCGGCGGCGCCGCCUGCAGCUGCACCGCCGCCCGCACCGCUUUCGCAGGAGGUGCUAACGGACGCCGUGGAGGCUGUGCUCUCUCCACGGUGGGCGGAGCUUUCUGUGCAGGUGGAGAAGAUGAACACCGCAAACCAGCUCGCCAUCGAGCAACAGCUGCUGCACAUCGCCGACAGUGUGUCGACCUCCGUCGCGGCAAGUCUGCAAGCGCAGCUGGAGGAGAUGCGGACUUCUGCGGAGCGUCAGCUGAAGGCCGAGCAUGCAGCCGAAGAGCAGGGCUCCGUCAGCAUCGAGACGUCACCGGCAGCGACGGCGGCGCUGAUAGAGAAAACGACGCACGAGCUCGCGACACUUCGCGGGGAGCUGCUGCAGGCGUUGCAGACCCAAGUGGGCAAGACGCCCGAGGUGAACUUGACGCCCAUGUACAAGUACAUUGACAGCGUCCUCACCUUCAUGAAGGAGGAGCUCAGCCUCCAGGAGACGAACCUGACGGCUAAGAUGGCGUCGCUCGCGGAAACCGUGACGGCCGCCGUACGCGAGCAGCAGGAGGCCGCCGCAUCGGGCGUCUCUCUUGCAAAGCUGCAGGAGGAUGUGCAGGCGGUGCGGGAGUCGGUGAAGGAAGCAGGGGCAGCGAAGGCGGCUGCCUUGGCAGAUGUGCCGGCUCCAGCCGCCCCCGCCGCCGCGCUGUCGGACAUCGGGGAGCUGCUCUCGCCGAUGGGUACCGCUCUGGAGGCUCACGCCGCGGCACUGCGCCGGCUCGAGGAACGGCUGGAUGAAGUUAGCCGCACUGCCGACGUCUCGUCAGUGCUGGCGCGUCUGCUGGAGGCAAGCGACCAGUUCAGCAGCGCCUCUGCCGCAGCGGCCGCGGCGCAGACGUCAGAGAGACACACACUGCAGGCGCUUUUCCAGGAUCGCUUCACAUCUCUGACACAGUCACUCGAGGGCCGCGACGCCCAGCUCAUGGAGGCCGUGCGUGACACCGCCACGAGUGCAGAGAUGAGGGCGCAGCUGAGCAGCGUGCAGGGCUCCAUCCAGUCUAUGUCGCAGGCACACAAGGAGGAAUUGCUGACCGCUUUGCGCGAAUCUGUGUCUGGCAGCGAGAAGGAACAAGCGCAGCGCACUGACGCCUUGCUGGCCCGAAUGGCGGCGAUGCAGGAGGCAAUCCACGAGCAGCAGGUGUCUGUGCAGCUUCUGCAGCCGUCUCCGUUGCUUAUCGGAUUCUCUGAGGAGCAGCAGGGGGCUCAGGUUCGCAUUCGCACAGCUACGCGGGAUCGUCUCCGCCGCGUCACUCAACUUAUCAGCGACCUCACGUCCGCGUCGGCCGGCAAGAGCGCAAGUGCUGCCGCUGAGGAGCUGCAGGACGAACUUGCGGGGCUGCGGCAACUACAAGAGGAGGAAGCGGCUCUUGUGCGCAAAACCAGCGUGACAGGCGCGGGGCCGGUGACGAUGCAGUCCGUCGUGCAUACAGAGGUGCAGCGGGUGCAGGAGGAGAUGCAAAGGGGCAUACAAGAGCUGGGCAGCCAGGGGCAGCUACUGCAGCGCGACAUCGCGGCGGCGGUGCAGUCGCUUGUGGCGAAGAUCGACGACGUGGGGGGGAACACGAGCGGGCUUCCUUCCUUGGCCGACAUCCAGGAACUGCUGGACGCCACGAUGAUGCGCAUCGCUUCUCAGCAAAACGACGAAGGCGUUCGUGCGUCGAAGCUGGUGGAGGCGGCAGCGAGCCGCUCCGCGGUGGAGCUGAAGACGGCUGUACAGACGGCACUGGCAGAAAACGUGUCAGCCGCCGAGAAGCGACUGAUCCCCUCCUACCACGCGAAAGUGGAGUCCACGCUGCAGACGCAUCUCACGACACACUCGACGGAGAUCACAGCUGUCGUGAACAGCGUGGCGGACACCACCUCAGCGGCUGUGCAGCGAAUGGAGUCCAUCGCCCAGGACAUGGCUAGCCGGCACACAAGCGCGGUGGAAGAACACGGGACGUCGCAAGACACGCUGGGGCUUCACUCCAGCAGUGUCCAGCCCACAGCGCACGUGCCGCUCUGGUGGCUCAUCGCGAACCCGCUGCUGGUGUGUGUGAUGGUGCUUCUCAGCAUUUACUACGUGUUCGCUUGUCUCCUUCUGGCAUUCGUGCCAAAGCCGUCAGAGGAGGGCAGCGCUGCCGGAGAUAGGGUGACCAAUGCUGCGGCGAUAGCGGUGGCGACGGGCUCCGAGAUAGCGAAUUCGCUUUCCAAGAUGCCUCACAAGGGUGGUCGCUACGUUGACCGGUAUAUGUAG